AUGGACCCCACGCAAGACCAUGACAUCUUUGAUGUGACGCUUAUGGGCCAUCCAGAGGCUCGGAGCGUGGAUGAGUUGUGGGCUGGCAAAAUGGACGUCAAAGAGCGACGCCGACUGCAAAACCGUCUGAAUCGACGGGCAUACAGGAAACGGCAGGCCGAACAAAAGCUGCUUCGGAAGAGGACCAUGGCUGAAGCCGGCAUUGAGCCCGAGAGCGGCCGUCGCAACCGGUCGCCCACCCUCCCCGGUGUUGGCGUCUUUGUGGUCGGAGUGAAGGAUGAGAAGAUAUCAAACGGUCCCAUCUCUCUAAGAUCCUUGAUAUCUGCUGCUGGCAAGCUCUCUGCACAAACCAACGUGACGAUGUCUACCGAUUCGUCCAAGCCAUCACGCCGUCAUCAUAAACAUAGGCUCGUGCAGUCGUGGUGUCGAAGACUUGAAGAGACAAUGCUGCAUGUUGGUUCUAUCAAUGUCGAGCUCGACGACCAAGACGCCUCGGUGACAGAUUCAGAUCCCGUCAAGUUCGAAGAAAACAUCAUCCACGCCAUAGACAUACGCUACCACACGUUCAUUCCCAGCCCGGAAGAUCAGCUUCUUAACCUCAUGUACUACAAUGUCUUCCGGGGACUUGCUAAGAACAUUAGAGCGUUGAACCUCGAAAUGCACCUUAUGGCGUCUUGGGCCUCGGACAGUCCUUUUAUCUCUGGGAAUAUUGACACUUCGACUCUAGCCCCGGAUUUUCAGCCGACAUUCCUCCAACGAACCGUGGCGCACCACCCAUGCUUCGACAUCUUUCCUGACUCUGUUGUCAGAGACAAUGCUAUUGAAUACUGGUAUAUCGAAAAACAUCCCUUAGAGGGAAGGCUAUGUAUGGCGAUUGCCGGCAGGCAUACAUGGCAUGAGAUCGACCUUGCUUUGAAACAUGGGUGCGUGCUAUGGGGCGAACCGGAUGUUACUGAGAGUUGGGAGGUCACUCAAGGCUUUGCAGACGACUGGCCCUUCCUCGUCAAGGGCGCUGUUCGCCUGGAGGCUGCCACUAAUCGAUAUAGGGCGCUGCGAGGUGAGCCGCCAAUUUUCUUUGCCUGA